AUGUUCGACGUCUCCAAUCUGUUCGUGGCGAUCCUCCUCCCAUUCGCCCUCACCUCUCCAUACCUCUCCUGGUUCAUGAACCCUGUCUCUAACACACUAGAACCUUACGUAACGCCAUACUAUCACCCAGCCAAAGCUACAUAUGACCAACAAAUACGGACCGCGCGCGGCAUCGCCACCGGAAUUACCUCCUGGACAACCAACUGGCUGAGAUGGAUCGAAUGGCCGACGAUACGAAGCUGGGGCGACAUCAUCCCCGGCGUAACCAAGGUUUUUGCGUCGUUCAUGUCGAUGCUCGGCCCGCUGCUCACGAAGCACGCAACGCCCUUGCUCGAGUACCUGUACUACUCCCUGCCCUUUGUGCAGCGGAAACCAAAGAGGUUUGUUGAUGAUCGGAUGGGGAUCAUUUUCCUCGUCUUCUUCUCCGUCCGGUACCUUCGACUCCUCAUUAACCUCAUAGCAUUCUGGGCGCUCUAUGAGCCAACGCCUAUCCCGCAAAAGCCGACCCUUAACCCGUCAGACUGUACCGUCGUUCUGGCGACCACCUGCACGGACGCGGAAGAUGCAGAUUUCAAGGCCUGCCUGACUUCUUGUCUAACCAAUGAGCCUGGCGCUCUCAUCGUCGUCCCUGUCGGGCAGGAGGCCGCUCAAGCCACGAACCGGGCACUUAAGUUUGUGCAGCCGCGCUUCACAAAGACGAAUGUGUCGGUCAAGGCCGUCGAGCCGGCUAAAAGGCGGGCUGAAAUGGCCAACGUGCUGAGAUCCGUCGGCACAAAGAUCACAGUUCUUCUCGAUGAGCAUGUUUCCUGGCCCUCCGCUAAAUUCCUGCCAUCCCUUCUGGCACCCUUCGAAGAUCAGGAUAUUGGCCUCGUGGGUGUACGGAAGGAUGUCUGCCGCAAGGAGACUGACUCCGCGUUGAGAAGCAUGUGGAACUUCUUUGGCGCCCUAUAUCUGGAGCGUCACAACUUCGACAUCCGGGCUGCAACUACACUCUCCGGCGGCCUUUUUGUGAGCGGUAUCGCCAGUCAAACCUCUGCAUUUCAAUCCUCAAUCAACACAGACCUGAAGUUCCAGGAAGCAUACAAGAAGAAUAGCUUCGUCCGUAUGAUGCUCCGGCCGUUUAACACCGAGGAGGACUUCAUCACGCGCUGGAUCGUCAACCAUGGGUAUAAGCUCAGCUUCCAGUACACCAAGGAAGCAACGAUUGAAACAACGCGUCCCUUCGGCACAUGUCCGAUUCCAGAAACAACGAGUAUCGUCAAUAGUGCCAGCAAUACAUGGAACAAGGCCACGGACCUGUCGGGGGUCGGGAAGAUCUGGGACCGUUGCUCCAAAUACAUCUGUAACUUGUAUAAGGGCUGUAGCGAUGCAGUGGUAAACAAAUUCAAUGCUGUCAUUGCAGUUCCAUCAAAGGUCCUGGAAUGGAUACUCAGUAUCGACGUUAAGGCCUGGCUCCCGGCUGAUUUCACCUUUUCCUCACUGUUCGCGAACCCGUUCAACUCCCCAGAUCAACCUGGAGCCGGAACAAGUCCAACCCCUGUCCCGUGGUGGUCCCCUGCAAACCUGUACACAACAUGCCUCUAUUUAACCAGCUACUCCGUACCUCUCGGACUUCUCUACGACGCCGGGCUAGUCUACACGCUCAUCAACAGCGCCAUAGGCAAAGAGCGCGGCACCAAAGGACUGGCCAUCUUAUUAGCCAUCCUGCUAUCCGGCAAGAUCGUCAAAUUGGCAGCGUACUUCCUGGCCGAAGUGACAGCCGCGGACGUCGCCCAGUAUGCCGCCGAAUUCCCGAGUUUUACGGGCUUGCCGGCUAUCCCAGUGACUAACUGGAAGACUCGUCCGCGAACGAAGGAAUCGAGUCCGGACCUAUCGAGUCCGGACCUAUCGAGUCCGGACAGGAGCAAGCCCUCUAGUUUGACCAACCCCCCUCCGACAUCAGGACAGGAACAAGCAUCUGCACAAACGACAACGCCGGUGCAGGCACCGGCGUCUAAAUCAAACGCAUCUCUCCCAAAUCCAGGUCAAUCUUGUUCUCCAUUCGCUGAAUUCCUAACACCUGAACCAGCCCCUACGUGGAGGCCGGAGGCUAUAAAGCCCCCAGCAGCAGUAUCAGAUGCAGUUCCAACCGCUGCUUCAACAAUAACAACUGCUUCCAAGGCGAAGCCGGAGCCAGCUGUACUAACUCCUGGUCUAACUGCACCUCCUUCAACGCCGAUUUCCCCCACGCUAACUUCUCCUUCUUUUCCUGCUCCUACAUCAGCUAUAGCAGCAGCUCCAGAGCCAAAGUCACCGGCAGAACAACCGCAGGCAACUGCAUUGUCCAUUGCAACGCUAAAGCUAGCUCUCGCUACUAGUUUAGAUAAUGCUAUUCUAGUAACGUCUGGUCUCACCCCGCCAUCAGCAUCUGAACCAGCUUCUGCCGCAACAUUAAAGUCACCGGCCGCAGUUUCGACAUCGACAACAAAGCCUACUUCUGCUCCUAGCCCGGGAUCAGCUCCUGGGCAUGAUACGGACUCGGCAUCAAAGCCAGGGCAAGAACAGGUUACUGCCGCAAUGGCCAUGCCUGCUCCUGCUGCUGCUGCGGUAUCAAAGCCCGAAACGGACCUAGGUGCAGCUUCGCAACGAACGGUGGAACAAAGUCCCCAUCCACCUGGACCAAAGCCGGCUGCACCUUCGGCUGCAACGCAGAAGCCGGAGCUACCCCCUAUUGACACGACAACCCCGGCGCAACCUCCAGAUUCAACCCAAAGCCCAGCUCCGGCCAACAAACCACCCCCAGCACCAGCGUCCGCUUCCCCUGCAGCAAAGCCAACGCCAAAUCCAGAGCACAUAUCGGCACCAACACCUGCAAAGCCCGUGGUAGUAUCUGCAACUGCACCAACUGCACCAAGUGCACCUGCACCAUCCACAGCCCAACUCGCCCCAUCCUCAACUCCUGCACCAGAACGAAACGCUGAACAAUCUCCCAUCUCCCCGGUACUGAAGCAAACUACAGCCCCAGCUCGAAAGCCAGGUCCUGAACCAUCCAGCCCCUUCCGCUCACCAGCGCUAAAGCCAGUCCCCGCUACGGCCUCUCCCACAUCCGCAUCUCCAGGCCACAAGAAAUCCUUCCAAGAGCUGCGCUCCACAUUCGCAAGCCCGACCUUCAAACCGCCUGAGCCCUUCCAGCAAACCCACCACUAUACCCCCGCCGGCCGCCAGACUGAAGCCCCGGUUCCGGAAUCCCCGAUGUCGCCUUGGAGUGCUACAGGCAAGAGUCCCGCUUCUCCCACGCCGUCGGUUAAACGCAAGGAGUUGCAGGCUGGCUCGCGGAAUUCCGGGUUUGAUUUGUCACAGCCUGCUUCGUCGCCUUCGAAAGCUAGGGAGGCUGGCCGUGCUCCAGGCGAAGAGGGUAAACGGUCUAUCUCUUCCCCUGUCUCUGGAGAGAAAAAGAUGUCAUCUCCCGUGGUGGAAUCCGAGGCUAAAAGCCGCUCCUCACCGCAACCAGGGAUCAGGCACAUCGAAGCGGUUGGUAUGGCGACGGAUAAAGCACCCAUUACCCCAGCUACAUCUGGCCCUGAGGGAAAGCACGUCCAACCCGAAGGACGGCAGUCGAAACGCAUUAGCCGCUCCUUGUCUCGCCCAGUGAUCCAAGAGGCGGAGACGAGCACUGGGGUCCCAGAGAACAAAGCGUCCGUCCCUGUGGUUUCCUCAAGGCCUGAGGCUUCGAAGUCCGAGCGCAGUGAAAUUUUCCGAUCAACGAGCUCACACCCUAUCAAGGCUGGCCAUGACCGUCCUGCCAAAGAGAAGGGGAAGCCUGGAGCAGCCAUUCCGACCUCCAUUGAAGAACACAGAAAUGUACAGCCAGAUUUUGAUCGGCAAGAUCCAAAGCGGACUUCCCGGUAUCCCACGUUCGUAUCGCCCACCCUCCCGGACGCCGGCCAUGCAAAGGCUACAGAAAACAGAGGGUUUGUUUCGCCGGCGACGUCUGUUCCAGAACGCAAACCAGUCCAAUCCCCUGUUCUGAAACCCGAGCGCACGGAAACUCCCGUCUCGUGCCGACCACCAACUCGAGAGGGUGGCCGCGCAACUGAUGAGAUAGCUAAACCUCCAGCCCCAGAGCGCAAGCAAGCAGAACCCGAGAAAAGAGAAUCUCGGCACAGGGAAAGCGUCGCUUCUUCGCGGUCAAACGCUAUACCCAGGGAGACGAGCCAGACUAUAGAGGACAAAGUGAAACUAUUCAGCGGUGCUCCUAUGCCUGAGCGCAAGCAGGUCCGGCCUGAUUCGCGAGGGUCUGAACGCCCCAGCAGUUCCUCAUCGCAGUCAAGGUUAAGGGCUUCGACAAUAACUAGUUAUCCUACUGAAGGUGCCAACAAAGGAACUGCAGCUGCAGCUAUCUCCGCACCCCAGGACAAGCAGGUACAGCCUGCUCCGCGCGAAUCUGAGCGUAACAGCACCUCGCCUUCCAUUUCAAGGCCGCGAGCUUCGACGGUAACUGGCUUUGAUGACGAACCGAACGCACCCGCACCGCCUCCUACUUCAGUACCGGAUCGCAGGAGUUCAGUCCAUCUCACUGAGCGAUCUCGCGAUGACCGGCACAGGGAUGCCAGUCGUUCAACCUCUGUGAUGGACCGCAGGUCGGUUCCGCCAACUGACCGAUCUCGCGAUAACCGCAGCAAAGAGGCUAGUCGUACAGCUGAGGAUGGAGCAUCAGUGUCGAACUCAGGACCGCAACGCAAGCCAAGCGAACGAUCUCGCGAUCAUCACAAUGUGGAUGCCGGUCGUACUGCCAAUCAUAAGGGGACUGCAGCGGCACCGACCUCUGUGGUUGACCGCAGGUCCGUUCAGCCCCCUGAACGAUCGAGCGAUGACAACUAUCGCGACGGCCGGCACAGGGAUGUCAGGCCCGCACAGGCACCAGAGGAGCGCCGCAAAGGUGACCGACCUCCAGAUGCACGGGCUAAUGAUGGUCGACGCAGAGAAUCCCGCUACAGUGACGACCAGGCUGUUGAUAGCCCGACUAGCUCCUCGCCACCGAAGGUGAAUCAAGGGAGAAAACCCCGGUACGAAGAGGAGAAGUCUGGGGAUGCCCGGCCUACAAACGAUCGAUACGGACAAGACCGGCACAGCGGAGACCAGCCGAAAGACGACCGCGUAAAACAUGACCGGACCACUGAGGGUGGUACCAGAACCAGAGACGCACCGCUUCCAGCCAAAGAUGAUACACGCAGGGGGUCCCAUUACAAGGAAGAGCAGACCCAGAGCAACCGUGCUAAAGACGCACCACCUGAGUAUGGUAGCAAGGAACACGGACGGAGAUCUGAAAGCCAGACUGAUUCGAAACGGGAACAUGCAGGGCACACCAGCGACAACCCGAGAGACAUGGCAUCCUCAACUAAAGAUGAUAGACGCAGGGAAUCACGCCCCAAGGAAGCUGGAGAACAGCCCGGGCCCACGAAACGUACUCGUGCCGCACAACUACACAUACCUCCACCUUCACGUAAAGCCGAAGAGCACCACCGCCAAGCAGAGCAGGACAGGGUACUGCAAACACUAUACAACGAAAUCGAAGAGCAGCUCUCGCCUCGAACCGUCCAACCCAGCCAACGCCAACAGCUGGACGUACGCGCGCGACAGCAACAGCAUCAAGACUCCCGCUCCCGCGCCCAGCCCUCUCGCAGACAAUCCACUGCUGAAGCUAGUCAACGUGCAACAGAACGGGCUGGCAAAGAGCGAACCCGGAGCGAACAGGUACCAUGUCACACAGUAAGGCCGGAGUCAAGCACUGCAGGUGGACAACGACGUGUGUCAGAGCGGGAUAAACCCACGCGAACAGAGCAUGAGUCUCGCCCUAGAGAAACGCAGCAUGCAGGCGCGGAUAGACACCAUCCCAUAGCUGCGGACAGCUCGAAGACCCGAGACAAAGACGAGCGUGCUAAUGUAAGGCAGGAGUCAAGUGCCGAGCAGCGCCGCGCUUCAGAGCGGGAUAAACCCGCGAGCGCGCCAUCACGAAGCGAGCGUGAGUCCCGUCCUAGAGAAACGCAGCAGACACCUACAGGCACGGAUAGACACCGUUCUAUAGCAUCGGAGAACGAGAAGACCAGAGACAAAAACGAGCAGCGUGCUAGUGCUAAAGUAAAGCCAGAAUCAGGGGCCGAGCACCGCCGUGCUUUGGAACGGGAUACAUCUGCGAGAGGCCGGAGUGGCCAAGAGCCCCAUCCUAAAGAAACGCAGCAGUCAACCGCGGAGAGACACCGUCCUACAAACACAGACUACCAAAGUACCAGAGACAAAUACGAGCAGCGUGCUAACGCAAGGCCAGAAUCAAGCGCUGAGCCGCGCCGUCCUUCAGAACGGGAUACACCCGCGAGAACACGGACUGGACACGAAUCCCAUGUGGAGAGACAUCGCUCUCUGGCUGGGGACUACGAGAAGACCAGAGACAAAUUCGAGCGGCGUUCCACAGUACAGCCGGAAUCAAGCGCUGAACAACGCCGUGCUUCGGAACGAGAUACACCCGCCAGAACACGGAGUGAACACAAACAGCAAUCUCGCCCAAGAGCGAUGUCGCUGUCGGGCGCAGACAAAGGCCGUGCUGCGGAACGCGAUGCAAACCAGCGAGGCCCAGUCGAACGUGGCCAUGGCGAUGGUCACAAGAGCGGCCACCCGGCGAGCCGGUCUGACUCCAGUGGGCAUGGGAAUGACAGAGUACAUCGAGAACGAGAACAUGAGCAUCGAGGCGCUGACAGACGGGCGUCAUCUGCAGUCCAUUCCUCCCGGUCUAGGUCCGACCACGUGGACCCUGGCAGGCAGGCACCUGCACAGGAGGAGAUCAAGUAUGAGUUGAGAAACGGGAUGAUAGUGGAGGUUCCCCGUUCGAGGGAUUCUCGAGACCCUGGAUCUGGAUCUGGAUCUGGAUCGAGGGAGAAGGAGAAGGAGAAGGAGACUCGUCGCAGUAGAUGGUUUGGGAAGUGA